AUGGAAAUUGUCGAUGGCGAUGAGCAAGCAGCACUGAACAAAGUCGUUGUUUAUGGAAUGCCGUACAGUUUGCGAAUUGUCAUGAACACGUCCGAUGCUCCUCAACAUUUCAGGGUUGUAAACUGUCGAGCGCAUGACGCCACUCACAAGGCAACUGUUCAGUUGACCAAUUGGAAUGGCUGUUCGUUGAAUUACAAUCUCUUUUCUGAUUUUGUUUACGAAGAGAAUCACGCGACUGCUCAGCUUCCGACGAUGUUUCGUUUUCCGAUGAAUGAUGUGGUUCAAUUCGAGUGCGUCAUGAUCAUAUGCCAAGAUCAGGCCGAUUGUAAUGUGAGUCACUUUCGGAAUCAUUUUUCUCUUCCUGCAGUGAUAUUGUUGCUCACUGAUCCUGCAACUCUCGGCUACAGAUGUCCAUACGGCUAA